GACGACGGCAACAUCAUUAUCAACAACAACAACAACAGCAUCAUCGCAUGGCAACAUUUGUGUCAUAUGCCGACAAGUGUUCGCAACAACAACAACAUGUUGUUGCAUUCAGACAGCAACAAGCAGCAGUUCCUAUGCAGACAGCAGCAACAGCAGCAGCAGCAGUAGCGGUAGCAGUGGCAGUGGCAAUGGUAGCCGCAGCAGCAACAAAAACAGAAGCAGUAAUAUUAACAGUAGCUGUAACAGCAACAGUAACAGUAACAUUAACAGUGUCAGUUACUGUAAAAGAAAAAGCGAUGCAACACCAACAACAUUCCUCAGCAAGUUGGAGUCGGCGCAACAUUGCAGCUGCCAACAUCAUCAUCAUCAUCAUCGUCAGAAAACGCAGCUGCACAAUGCUGCCAGCAUCUCGCGUGCAUGUUGCUUUAUAAUUAGUAGUAACAAUUCUCGAGGAAGAAGAAGAAAUAGUAGUAAUAGUACAAAUGACAGUAACCAAAAAGUAACAACAACAACAACAGCCAAUUGCCACUGCAAUAACAACAACAACAAUAAGAAGAAGAACAAGAACAAGAAUAAUUACAAUAUUAACAAACACACCUGCAAUAAGCAAAGCCAACAAAAGCAGCAAAAUGUUGACACAUACAGCAUUUUGGGCACACUGCAAAUUCUGCUGCUGUUUGUGCAACAGCCAAUGCUGAUAUUGCGACACUGCUGCAACAAUCUGUUGAACAGACGCCGAAACAAGCAACCACAAUUCAGUCAACGAGAAUCAUUAAGACAAUUUAUACCAUUUGCGAAAGACAAAAAACAUCCAUACAGGCGACUCGCAUACACAUACACAUUCCUCGCAAUGUUAGCAUUUCAUGCGACAACAGCAGCAGCAUUUUCGAUGCUGCCGCCAAUCACGCAAGAACAAAAUCAACAACAACAACAGCAGCAGCAACAGCAACAGCAGCAGCAGCAGCAUCAGGGCACAUUUCAGCGUAGCAUCAUUGACAGUUUGGCCUCCAUGUCGAGGCAACCACGUAGCACCGGAGGAAAAGCCAAUGCGCGCAAUAUUGGCAAUGGAAGUGACAGUAACGGCAUCAGUACCAGUGACGUACGAUUGGCGCAUAAAGAAAUACCAUGCAAAUCGAUGGACAUACGCAACAAUAUAUCAGAGCUUAGUCAGCUGGCCAACUGUACGGUCAUUGAAGGCUUUUUGCUAAUAACACUGAUCAACGAUGCGGAUAAGCUGAAUCAAACAUAUCCGAUGCUCACCGAGGUCACUGGCUAUAUACUCGUUUAUCGUGUGUAUAAUCUGUUGUCGUUAUCGAAAAUCUUUCCCAACCUGAGCGUGAUACGCGGUAAUAUACUCUUCGAGAGCUACGCCCUGGUUGUAUAUCAAAAUCGGGAUCUGACUGACAUUGGGCUGACCAAAUUGCGAGCCAUUACCAAUGGAGGGGUGCGCAUCGAGAGGAACACUUAUCUGUGCUUUGUCAAGACGGUCAAUUGGCGCCAGAUCGUGUCCAAGAAUGUCACGGAUUCUGACAUUGUGUUGAAGUUCAAUCGCAAUGAAGCGGAAUGUGCCAGCUGUCUGGGCGAAAUGAAGGGCAACGAUAUGCUGGAGAACUCCAUGGCGGAUGCUGGCGCGUGCAGGGAGUAUCCGGAUAAAAAGCGUUACUGCUGGAGCAGCGUAGCGUGCCAGACAAUUUGUCCGAAGGAGUGCCCGUACAACUGCAUUGAUGACCAGCAUUGCUGCAACGAAUCCUGUCUGGGGAGCUGCAAUAGCAAUCUGGGCGAGUGCACUGCCUGUCGCAAUGUUUCCAUUGACGGCCAAUGCAUAAACCAAUGUCCCAAUGGCUACUUUCUGUACGAACAACGAUGCAUCACGGCGGAAAUGUGCGAACAGAUUGGCAAUAAAUACGAGAGCAACAAGGAGCAGCAGUUGGUGCAUUACAACGGCAAGUGCACAACGAGGUGUGAUAAGGGCUACAAAAAAACUGAAAACACAUGUAAGAAGUGCAACGGCACCUGCGAGCUGACUUGCAAAGGGAACAUAAUUGAAAGCGUGGAGCGAGCGAAGGAGUUCCAUGGCUGCACUGUUAUCGACCAAAAGGGACUGACCAUAACUGUCAAGCGUGGCGGAACGCACAUGAUGGAAGCCCUGAAGUUCGGCUUGGAAUCGAUACACACGAUAAAUACGUAUCUAAAGGUACACUUAACCUAUGGCCUCACCUCGCUGGACUUUUUCAAAAGCCUGCGAACGAUCAGGGGGAAUAAACUGAUAGAGGGUCGCUAUGCUUUCUAUGUGCUGGAGAAUCAAGACCUGGAGACGAUAUGGGCCGAAAAUCAGACAGUCAGCAUUACGACUGGCAGCGUCUUCUUUCACUUCAAUCCAAAACUAUGCCUCGAAACCAUUGAAAAGCUGAAACCUAUGCUGCCCGGCAAGCCAGAUAAGUUUAACAAAAACGAGGUGGCUGAAGAUUCCAACGGCAGCAAGGCGUCAUGCAAUACGAUCAAUUUGGACGUGAAAGUGAAUGCGACAGGAAGCAUGUUUGUUGCAUUAGCGAUCAAUAGCUCAAUCGUGAAUUUUGAUGACGAUCGUUCCUUCAUUGGCUACCAAUUCUAUCAUACCGCCGAUCCAUAUGGCAAUAUGACCAGGGACUAUCAGCCCUGUUCGGAUAAAUGGGAAGUGACUGAACCGAGCAAACAGAAUGUUACCCUUAUACAAAAUUUGAGUCCGUAUACCAAAUACGCGGUCUAUGUGCGCACCAUGACCAUAUCAUCGGAGAAGCGUAACUAUCAGAGUGAAAUAAUACGUUUCAGAACGAUGGGAAACAAGCCAACGAAGGUGCGCAAUAUUAGUGCCAUCUCCACAAACAGCUCGAGAAUUUUACUUAGUUGGAAAAGACCGGCGCUAAUGAAUGGCAAAUUGAUCAAGUACCAGAUACGCGCUGAGCUAAUUCACCGUGACGCUGAACAGGAGCGCAACUUUUGUUGGGAUCCAUUGCCAAAUAGUUCCAUCGAUAAGAUGACCUUCUCGUCGCCGGCGGAAAAGACAAUUAAAGAGAUGCCAGGCCCUGACUGCAAAUGCGAUGCGGGCGGUCGCAGCGUAUACGAUCAGCAGAAGGUUGAGGCGAAAUUGUUGGAUGACAUCGAAUUCGAGAACUCGCUACAAAACUUCCUCUUCGUGCCGAAGAAGCGCGAUGACAGCACUAUCGAUGGCGCUGGCUCCUUUGCCAGUCCAAAUGCUAUCCAGCGCAGGCGCAGGCGUUACAUCGAAAUAGAUGAGGACGAACACGAGAUGGGCAGCGUGCUAAUGCGCCACAUACGCUCUUCGAAUAAUAAUGCGACUGAAUCGCAGAUCGGGCAACCGAUGCCACCGAGUGUCACGUCCAAUGAUAAAACGGAGAACUGGUUGAAUAUGACGGAUAUGGAUGAAACUGGGUCCUAUUUCACGAUCUUCUCCGCCGAGGUAAAUGAGAAUACAACCGAGUUCCUUUUCACGAAUCUGCGACAUUUUUCGUUCUACUCCCUAACCGUGCGUGCUUGCCGGGAGCCAGAGAUUGACGACACUCAACCCUUGUGCAGCGAAGCCGAACCCUGGGAAAAGAGAACUCAAAAGCUGGAGCAUGUGGAUAAAGCAUUUAAUCUAACGGGCGAGCUGAUGGAUAACGUUAACACCACUCGUGGCAAUGUUCGUCUGCAUUGGGAGGAGCCUCUGCAUCCGAACGGUGCCAUCGUUUCCUAUAUGAUUUUUUAUAAGCGACAGGAACAGGAUGCCUUUGAGCAGCAGAGAUGCAUCACAGUCCAUGACUAUCACAAUCAGAGCGGCUAUAUCAUGACCAAUUUGAAUGAAGGCAAAUACAGCUUCCGCAUAAGGGCAAUGUCAUUGGCCGGCGAGGGAGAACUUACGGACGCUGUUUACGUCACAGUGUCGCCACCUGGUAUUUCAACAUGGAUUUUAAUUGGAGGCUUCCUGGCUUGUCUCGUCUUUGUACUGAUAAUCGUUUACAUAUGCUGCUCGAUUGCACGAAGGAAGGGAACCCCGCAUGAUUUAAUCAUAAAUACGGAAGUGAAUCCAUUCUAUGCAAGUCUACAAUACGUGCCCGAUGACUGGGAAGUGCCGCGCGAGCGUGUCUUACAGCUGGGUUCACUGGGUCAGGGCUCCUUUGGCAUGGUCUACGAGGGCAUACUCAAGAGUCAAAAUGGCGAGGAUACGCCGUGUGCGCUUAAGACGGUUAACGAGAAUGCCACCGAUCGGGAGCGCACCAAUUUCCUGAGCGAAGCGAGCGUGAUGAAGGAGUUCGACACAUACCAUGUGGUCCGGCUUCUUGGCGUCUGUUCGCGUGGCCAGCCCGCUCUGGUCAUCAUGGAGCUGAUGAAAAAGGGCGAUCUCAAGUCGUAUCUGCGCGCCCAUCGACCCGACGAACGGGAGGGUGUAUUGGCUGGCGACCAACAGCGACAGAUUGGGUUCACCAACAGCACGGGAGCAACGUUGGGCAGCGUACAGCCACCUCCAUACAGUCGCAUCUAUCAGAUGGCCAUCGAAAUUGCUGAUGGCAUGGCCUAUCUGGCAGCCAAAAAGUUCGUCCAUCGCGAUCUGGCUGCACGCAAUUGCAUGGUUGCCGCCGAUCUGACUGUGAAAAUUGGUGACUUUGGCAUGACGCGCGACAUCUACGAAACGGACUACUAUCGCAAGGGCACAAAGGGUUUGCUGCCCGUGCGCUGGAUGCCGCCGGAGAGUUUGCGCGACGGCGUCUAUUCCAGCUCCAGUGAUGUGUUCAGCUUUGGCGUUGUACUGUGGGAAAUGGCGACGCUCGCCUCACAGCCCUACCAGGGCCUGUCCAAUGAGCAGGUGCUGCGCUAUGUCAUUGACGGCGGUAUUAUGGAACGACCGGACAAUUGUCCGGAGCUAUUGCACAAGUUAAUGCAUCGCUGUUGGCAUCAUCGACCGACAGCGCGUCCCUCGUUCCUGGAUAUAAUUGUCUAUUUGGAACACCUAGCUGAUCCGCACUUUAAAGAGGUCGCCUUCUACUAUUCGGAUGCGGGUGUGCAGUAUCGCGAGAAGAAUCGCAAGGAGCGCAAUCAAAUGGAUGUCUUUUCGGGCGCUCAUCUCGAUGCCGAUGUGGAUGGUGAGGAUGCCACAACGCCGUUACGUGUGGGCGAAUACCAGGGCUACAAGUCGAACAUGGAGCACAACACAUCGAUGGACCAGCCAGCGGAGAGUCCCAUCGCAUUGGUCGAUGACAAGGCCACAACGCAUUCACCCUUUAGCAUGCACUCGGGCUACAUAGUCAGUAGCACACCGGAUGCGCUGUCCACGCUGCCCACAGCCGGCGGCUCGCACAUUGACGACGCGGCAUAUGUGCAGCCAGAUGGCAAUACGGCGCUAACAGCGGAUGCCGAGCGCGGCUAUGAACUGUACGAUCCAAGUCCAAACUUUGCGGAGCUGCCACACAGCGAUAGCGGCCGGCUCAGUGGUGAGCAGCAUUUGCUGUUGAAAGCGAAACGCGGCGCUGGCGGCGGCGGCGCCAUUAUUAUGCCCAGCAUGAGCAGCUCGAUGCCGGACGAAGUGAUUGGCUGUGGCAGUAGUAGUGUGGUCGGCGCCGGCGGCGGGGUCGGCGGCAGCGGUGUUGUCUCCUCUUCACUGCAGCCCUCAACAGCGUCGGGGACCAGCUCGAACGCUGGAAGCAGCAGUCGUCAUCCGAGCCUCAAGCGAGUCGUCGCCGACACUUUGCGGAAUCGCGUUGGCUAUGGGCUGCUCAAUCGCUUCAAUUUGAAGCGCGGCGACAGCAACGAGAGCCACAAGAGCAACAUCUCGAAUGCGCCCAGCAGUAGCAGCAACACAAAUUUAACCAGUCAUCCGUCCGGCAUGGCAAUGGUGACAAUGGGCCCCAAUCUGGGCACAAUCGAGAGCGGCGGCAGUGGAAGCGCGGGCAGCUACACGGGUACUCCACGCUUCUACACGCCCACAGCGAUGACGCCCAGCGCUGGUGGCAAUGGCAGCACAGCAAUCAUUAGCGACAAUCCCAACUACAAGCUGCUGGACGAGUCUGUGACCAGUGCGGAUCCUGUGAAUUCUACUUGGCCCCAACAGCUGACUACCAGCAGUCUGAAUCCCAACUAUGAGCUUAUGCAGGCACCAGGCACGGAAACUGCAGCAACACCAUUCAGCAUGCUCAGCGCCAAUCCCAACUAUGUGCUGAUGAGUGAGCCGCAAACCGGAUCGGAACAGGGUCCGGUUUUUACCAGCGAUAAUCCCAACUAUGCGGUAAUGCACGACAGACCUGAACUGCAGCACAGCAGCAGCGAUGAAUACGAUGAUGACGAUGACGAUGACGAUGAUGCCGAUGAGCACACGGAGCACAUCAAAAUGGAGCGCAUGCCGCUCAGCCGGCAGAACCAGCGCACACGCAUCAAGCCGCAGCAGCAGCACCAGCCACGCAGUCGCAGCGUCAGUCAGACGCGGAAAGUGGAGACAACAGCGCCGACGGCAGCUGCACAACAAGCGGCAGCAGCAGCUGCUGCAUCGGCUGGCAAUACGUCCAAUAUACUCAAGGAAAAUUGGCUAAGGCAGGCGAACACGCCGAGGCCACCGCCACCCAAUGGUUUCAUAGGACGCGAAGCGUAAACAGAUCGCAAGUGUCGAGGGAGAAGUUUGUAAAUAGAUAGAUACAUGUAAAUGUAUAUGUAGAAAUUAGCAUAAAAUAUGUAGGAAUAUUGAACGGACGGGGGUACUCAGAACGAGAGAGCGCCUGCAAUGCAUGCUUAUAAUAUAACUCGAUUGGUAUAAGAGAGGCACACAGACAGACAGAGAGCCAGAGAGAGAGAGCGAGAGUAGAAGAGAGCGUGCGAACGAGAGAACGAGAACGGUAGCCAAGCUUGAGCAAAGGUAAACAAAAAUGCACUGUUAACUGAGCGCUGUUAAACUUGUGCUGUUAGUUGUUAGCUGAUGUUACCCCUUAACAUAUGUAAAUCAUGCUUAACAUUAAGGCCGCCAGCAAACUUUUGCCCACAGCCAAGGCUCCUAACAAUUUAUUAUAAAAUUUAAGCUUAAUUUAUGUAUGUUUUCGUAUUUGUUAAGUAUUUCUUUUAUAAUUCACUAGCGCCGUUUGAAAAUACAUACAACAAAACAAAACAAGUCCUAAAUGCAAAUAACAAAAGUACAAAAGCCAACAACCAACCAACCUAAGUACCGUUUAUAACUAGACAUAGACAAAAUACAUAUAUGUGUGUGUACAUAUGUAUAGACCUAACCUAAUUUAUGUGUAAUUAUAAUAAUUAUUUUAGUACCUACCUAAACGCAAAACGCAAAACACGAAGCGAUGCAACAAUGAAGCAAACUAACUGUACAACUACCAAAAUCAAACACAACCACAACUACGCACACCGUUACAAGCUCCUAAGCAAUCCAACAAAACAAACAGACCAACAAACAAAAUCUUCACUGAGUUAAGGUCCUUCAAUUAGUUAGCUACUAUUUUCAACUAAAACUUUGACUACAACUUGUGUAUAUGUACUCAUAUAUAUUUUUUUUAUAUAUUGGCAGUUUAUAGUGCGCUUAUGUUAAAAAAAAAUAAAUAUAGAAAAACGAUGCUGUCUGUAAAUGAAACACAAAAAAAAAAAGAGAAAUGUUCGCUGAUUUUAUGCAUGGCGCUUGGCAACUGGCAAAAGUUUGUGCUGAGAAAAAAUAUUUAUAUACUUUACACACAUACAUACAUAAAUAAACAUACAUAUACAUAGCGGAGAGGUAGAUAGAGAAGGAGAGAGAGGGGGUUAGAGAGAGAAAGAGUUGUACAUUGUGUUUGUUAUCUUCUUUUUGUUUCAAUUUUUUUUCUCUAAAUUAAUUUUGAUUGAAGCCAAGCUUCAAAAUACGUAAUUGAGAGCUUAAGUAACUGCUGCAUAACUUACACACUUACAUGCUAUAUACAUAUUAACAUAUAUGUAUUAUACAUCGCAAUUUACUCCAACACAGCUACACACAUACACAUGCACAUGCACACAUAAACAGGUAGAAUGUAUAUGAUAUUGCCAUAAACUCAAAUUAAGUAGAACAAGAAACGAGAAUCCGACGAAAAAGAAUGAAGCGCUUAGAUGUCAAUAUAUAUAUACGUACAUAUAUCUAUGGAUCAUAGACAACUACAAAUACAAAUACAAAUACAAAUACAAAUACAUGGAAAAGCAAUAGACGAAUUACAAACAUAUAAAUACAAACUUAUAUACACAUACCAAUACAUAUACCUUGUUACAUAUGUAUUUAUGUAUGCAAUUAUGUUCUGCACGUGAUAUGUUUCUGAGCGUAAUAUCUGACAGUUUUAUAAAAUUAGAAAAUUAAACACGAAACCAUUUCAAGACUUGCUACAUAAAUGAAACAAGAAUAGAAAAGAAAUUCAAAAUUACACAUACACACACACACACACACACACACUUACACACACACACUUUCUCCUCAAAUAUUGCAACUGUAACAAAAUGGAGAUUGAAAAUGCUAAAAUAAUAAUAACGACAACAACAACAAAAGUAUUCGAUAUUUGCCUUCGCUCUUUAUAUAAAUGUACAUUAACAAAUAGACAGAAACAAGUUGAUGGAGAUAAAAAAAAAGCAAGCAAAGUUUAUUUCUUAUUUUAUUUUAUAGAUGCAAAGAAAAAUAAAGCAAGGACACUUAAAAUAUUUAAAUGAAUUAUACAAACUGCUAGAAUAUAAAAUCGAUUAAAAACAUUUGAAAAAGAAAAACAAAAAAUUAUUGAAAUAAUAAUUAAAUUAAAUAUAAAAUACGUUAAAAACAAUAGAUAUUCUACAUAAAAACACACAACACACAUACACACACACACACACACACAC